GGUUGAAACGGGUCCAGAAUAAUGCAUAGUGACUGGAGAGGUAGUAGGAGUCUAUCUCAGCCUUGGUGAGGAAGGGCAGUGCAAGUAGUGUCAAGAAAAGGGUCAUGCUGCCUCUUCACUGAUUAAAAUACCUGAAGUAGACUUAGCAGAUACAAAUAGAAAAGUAAAUGAUGCUUUUCAAACUUUCAACUUCCUAGUAUGUUAAGAGACUGGUGGUGUAGGAUUCUUACAAGAAACAUUCUUGAAUCAUCCCGGAGUUGGAUCUGAGAUUCCUUAUAAGGCUCAGAUUAUUCCUCAGUGGGAUGGUUACCUGGUACUGAAUCCCUGUGGCAGUCCACAACCAUUUCAUCAAGCAGUCAAAGCAAUCCUGUCAGAAGACACAGUAUAGCUUCCGACAGCGGGGACACUGGGAUUGGUACCUCCUGUUCUGAUAGUGUGGAAGAUCAUUCAACUUCAAGUGGUACAUCCUCGUUUAAGCCCAGCCGAUCACUGGUUUCUAUUCCCACUGCCCAUGUGAUGCCGUCUAAUGCCAGUUCUUCACUUUCCAAACACAGGGAAGCUUUCAAGUCUGAUGGCUCAAAGUGGAGUACAAGCUUUUUACGGUCAGGAGGAGGCAGAAAUCAGGGUGCCCUGGACAAUUCUCUUGACAUGAAAGAUGCAAGACCUGUAAGAAAAUGGUCCUCCUUGUCUAAACUCAGCUUACCAAAUACCUUCAGCCAAGAUGGUAGUAGUCAUUCAGUGGACUCCAGGGCUAGUGCAGACAAAGCUGUGUCACCACAACUAAGGACAAAUGGGCCAAGUUGUUUGCAUGAUAGCAUGGAGUUGCUCAAAAUUGAGGACAAAGAGGUGGGGAAAAAGCGAUCUUCUCUGCUGGACUGCAAAUACAAAUUUGAAACAUGCAGCAAAGAUGACUUUGUUUCAGAUUCCUCAAGUAGGAGACAUGCCUUAGACUUGACCUACAGUGCCUUACCUGAAAGCAAACCUACAGCAGCCGGUUCUGAAGCUUUUGGACAGAGAUAUGCAACUCUGGGACAACAGGCUGUGAGUGGAGCUCCCAUACAGCCGGCAGUGAGGACUCAAAUGUGGCUUAAAGAACAGUUACGUGCAAAUCCCCUGGACUGCAGGACUGCUGAGGAGCCCUACGGUGUAGCUGCAUGGCAUGUGCAGCAUGAAGAUUUUAGAACAGGAGGUGAACAGCCUCCUGUGCAGGUUCCAACUGGAACAUCCCGUCAAAGUUAUCCAGCUGCCACCUAUCAGGACUUCAGCAACUGGGAAUCUUUAAUGAAAAUUAAAGAGGGGCUGCUAAGACAGAAAGAGAUUGUGAUCGAUCGGCAAAAGCAGCAAAUUAACAAUUUACAUCAGAAGAUAAGGGAGAAUGAAUUACGAGCUCAACAUGCAAGACUGAGCCAUCUUGUGAACUGUGAAGAACCUUACGUGACUAAUUUACAGCAACCACAGUAUGAGAGCACACCACUCCAACCUCAUGUUUCAGAAAGAUCAACAUCCCACCUUGAGGAGCUUGAGCGAAAGGUUGCAGCAGCUGAGAAUAAAGAAUUACAACUCAGUGAAUUUGUAAAACAAAUUUCAAACAAAUCUAGUGAGGAGAAAAAGAAGAUGGAGGAGAAACUUAAAACUAGAGACCGAUAUAUUAAUAGCCUGAAAAAGAAAUGCCAGAAAGAGUCUGAGCAAAACAAAGAAAAACAAAGACGAAUUGAAACAUUAGAAAAAUAUUUGGCUGACCUACCAACUCUGGAUGAUAUAGAAGGGCAGACUAAACAGCUGCAAAUUCUAGAAGAGAAGAACAAGCAACUUCAAGAAGCUAUGACUGAGUUAGAAAAAAAGCUUGGAGAGGCCCGAUCACAGUGCAGAGACAGAGAAUUGCAACUGGUGUGUCAGAAGAAAAAAGAAAAAGAGCUGGUCACCACGGUGCAGAGUUUACAACAGAAAGUAGAAAAAUGCCUGGAAGAUGGUAUUCGCCUUCCCAUGUUGGACACAAAACAGCUUCAGAGUGAGAAUGAAUGUCUCAAAGAAAAGAAUGAGAAAGCCAGUAAGGUCAUAGACAAUCAACAAAAUCAGAUAGCUGGACUGAUUUUAGACAUGCAGUCUAUGCAAGAGAAGCUUUUGCAAGAAAAGCUGAUAGUUCAGAAGAUGACAAAUGAACUUGAAGAAAAAGAAAAGAAUAUAGAACAGUUAAAUAAAACUCUCUCUGAAAACCAAAGACUGAUGGAAGAGAAUGCCUGCCUGAAGGAGCAGAUGCGGCAGGUGGAGCAGUCCAGGCAGCCAGUAUCUGAGAAGAUGCCUAUAGCAGACCAGUUGUUCAAGGAAAUGUCCCAUUGCUUGUUUGACUUGAAAGCACUGUGCAGUAUUCUUACCCAGAGAGCUCAGGGCAAGGAGCCUAACCUUUCCUUACUGCUGGGAAUCAGAUCUCUGAGCUGUUCAGCUGAAGAGAAUGAAAAUUACCACAGCACAGAAACCCUUUCGAAGAAGCUCCUGGAUGUUUGUCAGUUACGAAAGGAUAUCGAUGAAUUAAGGACUAUAAUGUCAGACCGUUAUGCUCAGGACAUGGGGGACAAUUGCAUUACUCAAUGACAACAUUUCACCUAGUAGCAAAUGAUUUAUAAAUGCUGCUGUGUCACAGGUCUUUGCAUUUCUAUUAAGGAGCCAUAUUGGAAGACUGAAACAGCGCCGCACACACGUCUCUGAGGAUUGUGCGUGUUUAAUCUCUGGAGUCUGAUGGGAAGGGGAAAGUCAUCAUUUGAACGGAGUGGUACAAACUACAAGUAAUCUUUUCUCCAAACUACUGAAUGUAGGAACAAGCUGUGAAGAAUGAUUCAGUUGGAUACUCUGUUUCUUUCAUUAGGGCUCUUUUGAUUACUUCAGCUAGUUUCUGGAAUCAGAGCAUCAAAGCCGCUGUGCUGCUACUACUCUCAGCCUUUCCUUCAUCAAGGGUUUGUAUGUCAUUAUCUGUGUUCUGAAAUUAGAGCAGAGGGUUGAAGGACCUAUAACUGUAUGUGGUGAAGCCAGAGACUUCUGCAACUGCACUUCACUCUAGAAAUUGCAAUUAGAACAAUCUUGGAGCACUACAAAAAGUAGUUGCUCUUCAAGUUGCCUAAAACUCUUGGAAAGAUGCUUUUAGUGGUGCAUAUUUAGCUUGUUUGCCCAGUAGCAGAAGAAAAACUUCUUUAUGCAAAUUAAGUCCAUAAAAUACAGCACUAGCAAAUUGUUUUAAGCACUCUCACGUUGCCGUAAGAAGUUUCAGUAAUACGAAGUCUGUGACAAACCCAGAGAAGCUGGAAGGUGUGAAAUUUGCGGCAUAGUAUGUGGCUGUGAGAAUUUUUAAAAAAAAGACUGUAUUUUAGUGUUUGUACCAUACUUAUUUUUACCUUAGGUCAUCUCCAUUUUUAGAUGUGCCUGGUCUGUGUCCCAUUCCUGAAGUCCUCUGGUGUGGUUGUGAACCACCUCAACCAUUUUUUACCACAGCUACAAAACGGGUGUUUGGCACUUGGCAAAAUCAGGGCUCAGAACAGAGUGUUUCCACUUAGCAGUAUUAAGUACUCGGUUAUCUGAGGACUGCAAAAUUUUCCACAUUGUUUGGGAAUUCUUGAUUUCUCUAUUUUUCUAGGAAGCAAUUACAUUAAAAAAAUAAGAUCAUGUUCCAUAGUUUAUUCAGUGAGUGUCACUUGGCAGUGCUGUUUCACUCCUGUGGGACAGAUGACAUACUAAUACUUCUCAUUUCCUGGAACAUUACUGCAAGUUAGCUGCACAGUUAUGCAUGGCGUAAAAUAGUAUUUAACUGAAGGAAACAAAAACUUGCAAAGAGCAAAACCACUCUCAAAUUACACUGUUAAGAAAAUAUAUAAGCAUCAGUUACAUAUAUGGUAUUAAAAGAAAGUUUCAAAUUACUAAGGUGCAAGUCAGUCAACUGACCUAUAGUGUGGAUAACAGCAGAAAUCUCUUAAAGUUUAACGGUUAGAACCAAGUAAAUUCUAGGGAAAUAUUUUUAUGGAAAAAGUGUUAGUUUUCUGAUUAUAUUUAUGUGAAUGGAAAAAAAUGCUAUACCAGUGUAGUCUGGUUACCUGUUUUAACUUGGUGAUGUUUUGCUUUCUGUUCAUUGUUAGUUACCAUUAAUGUUGUUUUUAUAAUUUAGUGAUUUAAUAUUUUUUUCUUAGUUAUAUGGACUUAAUUUAUUUGACAGUUUUCUCUAUCCUGAACCUACACGUGGACUAAUUUGUGAAAAAUUGUGUUGCUAUUUAUAUUAUUACUACAUGGUGUUUUCAGAUGGAUUAAUCUGACUGGUUCAGCUCCUGUGAGCACUAAAACAGUGUCUAGAUGAAAUCUCAAGUGAAAUUGCUUAGUGUCUCUACUUCAAAGUAAAAAAGGAGACUGUUUUGUUUUAAAUUUCUAUGCUCUUUCUGUAGGUUUGAAGGUGCGCUUUUGUACUAGUGCAAAACUGAAAACAAGGACCUCUGCAGAAAUAGGCUUGCACAGUUUCCUGUGCCUCUAACAAUAUUGGCUUUUGAGACUAGAGCCUCAGCUUGUUCCUUUGGUGUAGUUUGCUGGUUGUGGCCCUGCAGUGAGUUAAUAGUCCUCAAUUUAUGGCAUCUGUCUUCUAUCAGAAUUCAACAAGUUAGCAUUUAGGGAGGAAAGUGGAAACACCUAAGUUGCAUUAUUUCCUUACAUGGAAACAUUGUACCUAUA